GUGCAGAGGGAUGAUCAGGGACAAAACAAGAAGAAUGAAGAAAAAGAAAGAAAAAAAGGCCGACACCCAAAGCAUGGAUUGAGCACGGGCCAACGCAGUUUCUCUCAUCACAUCUUAUAGAGACUUAGGCCUGUGCUGCUGAUUGGGUUCAAUUGUGCUCUGCAAGACUCGACACCAAAGCUUGCUGGGUUGAUUGCGGUCGCAACGUGGAGCCACAGCCAUCAAUCCGUCUGGUGCUUCCCUGUUGGUGGAUGCCCUGCACUGGGCUGAAUUGCGAUCCAGCUGGAGGGGAGCGGCGCUGGUGGUUGACUGCCUGUGGCUGAGAACAGCAACCUCGCUGGCUGGUGUUGUGCUGAUUCCCGCCGUUUCACUGCACGGUCUCCUGUCAUUGCAUCUACCAAAUCAGAAAGCCGAGCUAUUUUCCUUUUUUUUUUCUUGUUCGGGUGCCCAAGGCUGGCCAGGCGAGGUGCCCAUAACCGCCAGGGACACCGCCUGAAUUGCGGGACAAGAAUCGAAAAGGGACAAAAAAGGAGAGGGAGAAACAGGAGAGAAGAAGCAGAGACAGAAACAAGGGAAGAGAUUCGGGAGGGGAACUCGUGUGCCCAAACACGAAGCAACUAAGCUUCGCACGUCCACGAACACAGAACAACCCGCCAACCUUGGGCACCGUGCUUUCUGCCCACAGGCCGAGACGCCGCCGACGACACAUGCGACAACCCAUCAGAACACCAAGCUCCAGCGCAAACCCAGGACGCAGCACUCAUCGCGGCCGAGUGAGGAGGAUCGCGUCGCAUCGCCAUCGUUAAUCGGCGUCUCCAUCAGGACGCUCUCGACUGGACUGCGACACAGCCAGGUCAGAUCUGGGGCUGGAGACAUUACCACAGGGCUCCAUCCCACAAUUCGUGCCGCGUGCCAGGCCCAGGGUGCUGUCCCGCCUUGGUCCCCGCCCAAGCUCGUCCUUGCCUCUCGCGCGCCUCGCAUCGAGCCAAGAAAGGCCACGCCAGCGCUAUCGACCAGUGAAUCCGAGAAAGCGAGAAGCUCGGCGAUUCGGGGCUCAACCGUGCUCAGCAGUACAGUCGCCACCGAACCCGCGCGUAGAGCCGUAUCACACACCAUCUACUGCCGACGUCGACAUGAAUAGCUCAACGGUGCCCAAUAUACUCAGGCCAGGGGGGUCUCAACGGAGCAUGUCCAACACCCCCUUGGGCCUCGCCGACAUCCGCCCCAGGGCAGACUCGAGCCUCUCCGACGGCAUCCCGGGCAGCAUCGCAUACGACAUUGCCAACACGCAGCAGGGCAACAGCAACCACCUUGCGCCAUGGGCCCUCUACGCCUUCGACUGGUGCAAGUACCCUACCCAAGGCAACGGCGCCGGCAAGCUUGCCGUCGGCAGCUACCUUGAGGACGGACACAACUUUAUACAAAUCCUUGAUACCCAAGUCGUGCCCACCCCCACCGACUCGUACGUACCCGGCAGCUCGAGGAACUGCUUGGAGUUUACGAAAAUCGCCGAGGCGACACAUUCUUACCCCGUCACGCGCCUGCUGUGGGAGCCGCCGUCGUCGCAGAAGCAGUCAACCGAUCUGCUCGCUACCUCGGGCGACCACCUGAGGCUCUGGUCGCUGCCCUCAGACGCGUCGGCAGCGCACCCCGGCAACUCGAUAAACCGCAGUAGCAGGGACGUGCAGCCCUCAGCCAAGCUGACGCCACUGGCGUUGCUCUCCAACUCGAAGACCCCCGACCACACGGCGCCGCUCACGUCGCUCGACUGGAAUCAGGUCUCGCAGAACCUUAUCAUAACCUCAAGCAUCGACACCACAUGCACCAUCUGGGAUAUACCAUCGCUUACCGCCAAGACCCAGCUCAUUGCGCACGAUAAAGAGGUGUAUGACGUCCGUUUUUGUGCAAACAGCGUCGACGUGUUUGUCAGCUGCGGUCAGGAUGGCAGCGUCCGCAUGUUCGAUCUAAGGAGCCUGGAGCACAGUACCAUCAUCUACGAGCCGACUGGCAAGGACGACAAGGAUCCCAACGGAGGGAGAAUAAGCCCAACUCUGGCUCAACAAACCAUGUCCAACCCUCCCCCGUUGCUGAGGCUGGCCACGUCGCCACACGACACGCACCUCCUGGCCACCUUUGCCCAGGACUCCAACGUGAUCCGCAUCCUGGAUGUGCGGCAACCAGGACAGGCUCUGCUAGAGCUACGUGGGCACGGCGGGUCGCUCAACUGCAUCGAGUGGUCCCCGCUCCGGAGAGGCACGCUCGCUUCGGGCGGUGACGACUGCCAGGUCCUGAUCUGGGACCUGCUCAACAAUCAGUCCUCUGCUACCCCUGGGAUCAACGGGGCGCCCCAGCCCGAGAACGUACGCAGCCCGGUGGCUAGCUGGCAUUGUGAUUAUGAGAUCGGCAACCUGGGCUGGACCCCGCAGCUCGCCAACAGCGACAACGGAGAGUGGCUCGGAGUGAGCGCCGGGCGCGGGAUCUGGGGCGUCAAGGUAUGACCGGGCAUCGAUCGGCCUGAGUGCGGAGAAGACGCGGCAGAAGUAUGCGGACAAGAGAAAGAACAAGGUGCUUCUGCCAGGCUGCCAUGAUGGGGCAGCGAGGCAGGGGAGUCGCUACACACAAAAUUCCAUUCCCUCAAAGCCCAGAACAUGGUUGCGGCAAUCAAGGGGCAAGAACUCGUGCAAUUGCGCUACGGAUCGGAACACGCCACCCUCGUGAGCCUUGCGGGUGUUGAUGGUUGGUAGUACCACAGGACGAGGGCAAGCCCAGGCUCAUGACUACGUACCCACCUACCUUGGUAGAUAGGUGGGCAGGUGUCUGAGUCCCGCAUACGGCCGCCACAGGCCAUUACGUGUGAUGCGAGGCUCGCGGCCAGCCCCUUUCCAAAUCAUGGCACGACUAGCAACCAGACCACAUGGCUACCAGGCUUGCUCAGCCGCCAGGGGACAACAAUGCCCGCCUAUGCCCUGGCGUCCGGUGGCUGUCUUCUCCGCCCCGGCGAUUAGUUGUGAGUGCCGGUUGUUAUUGAUAUCUUUGGGACUGUUGUAUCAUUUCAAGACGUUUGGACUGUUGGCAUGGCAUCUGGUCGGUAUUGGUUGGGUCCUUAUCUGCGCAUUUGCACGAGAAGGGAAAGCACAGCUUCGCAAUCGGUAUGGACAACUGUUCCUGGGUAGAUGGGUAGGUUAGGUUGGAAGACAUGGGCAGGUCAUGGGUCUGGCUGUACAUAGCAAGCAGCUCAGAAAGGAGGCUCCUUGGAGAUAAUAUGUCUGGCUUGGAUUCAACACCGUUAUUGGCAAGUGGCCGAAUCGCGCAGAUCGCUGGGCAGCUAGUCUUGUGGUAUACCAGCGGGCACGCUUAUCGAGGUUGGCAUUCUGGUGUGGUGCUGGUGCCAUGUGGCGGGGCUCAAUGUUCUCUGACAUCACGUCACCACUCACCACCCCAAGGUUGGCAUCACCCGCAACCAAAGUCAUCAAGCUCAUAGCUCCCUACCAGUCUCGCCCGACAGCCAGCCCGCCCUUGCGUCCAGCCGUAUUGCUACUUUUCAUUUUACCCUCUUUCACCUCCCAACGCUCAGCGAUAACACCCCAGCACCAACAGAAGCCGGCGCCCCCAAACCAUGGACCAGCAGCUCCCCUCGCUGCUCCUGUUGCCGGCCCCACCGGCCCCGGCGACGCGCGAGAGCGUGGCGGCGGCGUACGGCCCGCCGCUAGACGCAGCUGUGGCGCGCGCCGCCGACCCGGCCGCGCCCGUCGUGCUCGUC